AUGGGAGGAGAAUCCAGUUUUUCAGCUGUUGCACCAGUAUUCGAUGGAGACAAUUAUCAAGUGUGGGAAGUUUGUAUGGAGACUUAUUUGGAGUCCUUGGAUCUUUGGGAAGAAUUAGAAGAGGAUUACGAGGUCCCUUUGCUUCCAGUAAAUUCUACUGUAGCACAAAUCAAAUUACAUAAGGAAAAGAAGACAAGGAAAUCAAAGGCGAAAGUUUGCCUAUUUGCCGCUGUAUCUCAAAUGAUCUUCAUGGAUUUCGAGUUGCAGAAGAUGAAGGAGUCUGAAUCAGUGAAAGAGUACUCUCACAUACUUCUCAACAUUGCCAACAAGGUGAGAUUGCUUGAUUCUAUAUUAAAUGAUUCCAGGAUCGUUGAAAAGACGCUAGUCACUCUUCCAGAGAAGUUUGAAGUCACCAUUACUACUCUAGAGAACACCAAAGACUUGUCAAAGAUUUCUCUUACACAGCUCUUGAAUGCUUUACAAGCACAAGAGCAAAGGAGGUCAAUGAGGCAAGAAGGGGUGAUUGAAGGUGCCUUACAUGUCAAGCAUUAA